GGUGCCGUUCACUGCAGAAACACAUGCUGUUUUUAGAUCAGAGCUCAGUAGUUUCAAGUGAGACUCAGACAGGCGUUGUCCUUGAGAGGUGAAAUGGCGCAGAGAGGAGUUCAGCUGGACCGGGAAACUUUCUCUUGUUCGAUCUGUCUGGAUCUACUGAAGGAUCCGGUGACUAUUCCCUGUGGACACAGCUACUGUAUGAACUGUAUUCAAGAGUUCUGGGAUAAAGAGGACAAGAAGAAAAUCCACAGCUGCCCUCAGUGUAGGGAGCCCUUCACAUCAAGGCCUGUACUGGUGAAAAACACCAUGUUAUCAGAUAUAAUGGAGCAAUUGAAGAAGACUGGACUCCAAGCUGCUCCUGCUGAUCACUGCUAUGCUGGAGCUGAAGAUGUGGCCUGUGAUGUCUGCACUGAGAGAAAACUGAAAGCCCUCAAGUCCUGUCUGGUGUGUCUGGUCUCUUACUGUGAUCAACACCUCCAGCCUCAUUAUAACUCCUCUGCGUUUGAGAAACACAAGCUGGUGGAGCCCUCCAAGAAGCUCCAGGAAAACAUCUGCUCUCGUCAUGAUGAGGUGAUGAAGAUGUUCUGUCGUACUGAUCAGCAGCUUAUCUGUUAUCUCUGCCCUGUGGAUGAACAUAAAGGCCACGACACAGUCUCAGCUGCAGCAGAAAGGACUGAGAGGCAGAAAGAGCUUGAGGGGAGUCGACAAAACAUCCAGCAGAGAAUCCAGGACAGAGAGAAAGAUGUGAAGCUGCUUCAACAGGAGGUGGAGGCCAUCAAUCACUCUGCUGAUAAAGUAGUGGAGGACAGUGGGAAGAUCUUCACUGAGCUGAUCCGUCUCCUGGAGAAAAGAAGCUCUGAUGUGGAGCAGCAGGUCAGAUUCCAGCAGAAAACUGAAGUGAGUCGAGCCAAAGAGGUUCAGGAGAAGCUGGAGCAGGAGAUCACUGAGCUGAAGAGGAAAGACGCUGAGAUGACGAAGCUCUCAGACACAGAGGAUCACAACCAGUUUCUACACAACUACUCCUCACUGUCACCACUCAGUGAAUCUACAUCCAGCAUCGAUAUCCGUCCUCUGCGCUACUUUGAGGAUGUGACAGCAGCUGUGUCAGAUGCCAGAGAUAAACUACAGGACCGUCUAAGAGAGACAUGGACAGACAUCUAUCUGGCUGUGAUUGAAGUGGAUGUUAUACUGUCAAAUCCACAACCAGACCCCACUACCAGAGCUCAAUUCUUAAAAUAUUCACGUGAAAUCACACUGGAUCCAAACACAGUACACCCACAGCUGUGGUUCUCUGACAGAAAAGCAACAUUCAUGAAAAGAGAACAGUCUUAUUCUCAUCACCCAGACAGAUUCUCUGUAAACUAUCAGGUCCUGAGUGAAGAGAGUCUGACUGGACGUUGUUACUGGGAGGUGGAGAGGACAGGAGGAGGGGUUAAUGUAGCAGUCGCAUACAAGAACAUCAGCAGAAAAGGGAGAGCGAAUGAAUGUGGAUUUGGACACAAUGACAAAUCUUGGGUGUUACAGUGUCAGGAGAACACUUUUAUCUUUCUUUACAACAAUGUCCAAACUUACGUCUCAGGUCCUCCAUCUACCAGAGUAGGAGUGUACCUGGAUCACAUUGCAGGUACUCUGUCUUUCUACAGCGUCUCUGACACCAUGACUCUCCUCCACAGAGUCAAGACCACAUUCACUCAGCCGCUCUAUGCUGGACUUGGGGUUUAUUAUGAUUAUGGAGACACUGCUGAGUUCUGUAAAUUGAAAAAGACAGAAGUUGCUCCUUCCUGUGUCUGUUCAGCCACGGAGGCUAUCACUGCUCGUGAUGUUUGUUGACCUGAACUGAAAAUGUCAACUUCUCUGAGCUCCAAAUGUCUGAUGAAUAUUUGUAUUGAUUGUAUUUGUAGAUUGUUGUUUCUCUUCCACUGCAUGGGUCUGAAGAGAGAAAGCACCAGACCUCCUUUAUCGUAGAUAAUAGGUUCUGUUUGUGUAAGUUUUAAAUAUGAAAUACUGCCUGUUGCAGUAUUCUUUAACAUGCUGGACCCGGCUGCGAUCAACGCUUAUGUGUUGUACAAGCGCGUCGUGGUAAAGUUUGGUCAUUGUGACAAAACGAUUAAAAAAAAGGAUAUGCAUCCAGUCA